AUGUCUUUGAUCCCUAUAAAAAAGAACGAAGAAACACUUAUAGAAAGAAGUUCAUCUUACUUCACUACAACAUUGUCAUCGAACACAACCAUAACUAAUAUAGUUGAUGAUGAUGAUAGCAAUAAAAACCAAUUAGAAGAACUAAACAAAAAAUAUUGUGGUAAACCCAUAUGUAAAAUUUUUAUUUGUUUAUAUUAUUGGAGAACAAGAAACGAGAGCGAAUUUACAUUUAGUCAAUUGGCUGAAAAAUUAAAUCGUAUAUUGGUUUUACCAAAUGUUGGUUCUUCUCAAAUUGGUACUUGUAAUGAAUUUCCAUUUGAUUUUUAUUAUAAUAUCACUUUACUCCAAAAAGAAUUUCCUAAUGUUUUAUUUAAAUCAGAAAAUGAUUUCAUUUUUUUGCUUAAAGAACGUGAUCAAAUUAAAAAGAUAAUGAAUAAUAAUAACAAAAUCAUACCACCAUUAUCAAUAUUACAUUCUAGUAUUAAAAUAAAUAGAAGUGAUGAGAAAACAUUUUAUGAUGACGCAGAACCAAAUUUUGAUGUAUAUGAAUGUAUUUCAAAAUUCGAAUCAUUAAUGAAUCUUAAAGAUCCUAAUUUCAGAGUAAGAUAUACAAAAAUGAUUAUUAAAGAAAUGGACCUGAUAAGGGAGAAAUCUCGUCAAGGCUUAAAUAUAUGGAAGGGUUUAUUACUUUUACCUUUCAAAAAGAUAACAUUACGACUUAAUUCUUCCCUGAAAAAAAAUGUCUUUGAGUCAAAUAACGAGAAAAUUUGUGUUAAUUUGUUUUUUCGUUUUAUUGUGAAUGAAGAAACACUUACAGGAGUUCAUCUUACAUCAAAUACAAACAAAACUAUCAUAACUGAUGAUGAUAAUAAUAAAAAUCAAUUAGAAGAACUAAACAAAAAAUAUUGUGGUAAACCCACAUGUAAAUUUUUGUUUGUUUAUCUUAUUGGAGAACAAGAAACGAAAGCGAAUUUACAUUUUCGAUCAUUUAGUCAAUUGGCUGAAAAAUUAAAUCGUAUAAUGGUUUUAACAAAUGUUGGUUCUUCUCGAAUUGGUACUUGUAACGAAUUUCCAUUUGAUUUUUAUUACAAUAUCACUUUACUUCAAAAAGAAUUUCCUAAUGUUUUAUUUAAAUCAGAAAAUGAUUUCAUUUUCUGGCUUAAAGAACGUGAUCAACUUAAAAGGAUGAUGAAUAAUAACAAUAACAAAAUCAUACCACCAUUAUCAAUAUUACAUUCUAGUAUUAAAAGAUCUAGAAAUACUGAGAAAACAUUUUAUGAUGAUGCAGAAACAAAUUUUGAUGUAUAUAAUUGUAUUUCAAAAUUCAAACCAUUAAUGAAUCUCGAAGAUCCUACUAAUUCCAGAGUAAAAUAUACAAAAAUGAUUAUCAGAACAACUGAUAUGAGAUCGAUAAUAGCUCGAGUUAAAUUGUCCGAAUUGCUUACUAAAGUCCUCACAAUCGAUGAAGAAAUUUUAUUAGUGAAUGGAAAAGUAGUUGAUCCUUUGUUUCCUCAAACUAUGCCAGUUAUACCUUAUAGUGAUUAUAUAUUGAAUGAAGCUCAAAAAAUAAAAGAUAAAUUAUCUUCUUCAUAUAUUGGAAUUCAUUGGAGAUUAGAAUCUUCAACACCUAAAUUAUUACCAGAAUGUGUUCAAGGUCUUAUUAAAACAUUGAAUAAAAUUAAGGAAGAAGAAGGAAUUAAAAAUAUUUACUUAGCAACAGAUUAUCCCCUUUUAUCAUCAAGAUCACAAUCUAGUACAUUUAAAAAAAUCACUAAUUAUCACCAUGAUGCUAUAAGAACAUUAAAUGAAACUUUUAAAAUAAAUACCUGGGUUUCAUUAGGAGGUCUGGAACAAUUAAGAGAAAAUAAAAAAUAUAAUAAAGAAUUAAAUGGUUCUGGGAUACAAGGAAUUUUGGAUAAACUAGUUUGUGUAAAUUCAAAUUAUUUUAUAUCAGGUCCAAAAGGUUGCUCGAGAAUUGCAUCUUCAUUUACCAAAACAAUUGCAGAUGAAAGAAGUAAUAGGACAAAAAAUAAAGAUAGUGAUUUAUUAAAUGUAAUCGAUAGAUGGGAAAUUCCUUAA